AUGAUAAAUUCAACAACCUCGAGAAUCCGUGAUGACAAUGAAGAUUAAAAUCAUCGUCUCAAAAUUCUUGAAAUUAAUGCUCAUUAAUUCUAUACUUAAUUAAAAGUAACUCAUUUAAUUAUAUAUCCAAGCCAUUAUUUGCUGAAAAUACUCAAUUAAAACAGAAUCUUAUCGAACUUAAUGUUUACAUAGAGGAAAGAAAAAUGCACCUUUGUAAAUAUUUAUCAGAUGUUGGACCCAAUGGAGAAGAUCUGAUUCUUAUUAAGGCAGUAGGUGAUUUACAAUAGAUUUGUGAUUUAAUAGGAGGUAUAAAUAAUAAUAGUAUUUAGAUGAGAUUAAAAGACUUAGAUCAUAAAUUGUUACUUAAAUUGAAGUUUAGUAAUCUAAUGAAAAAUGUCUCAAAGAAGUUAGAUCAGAUUUAUAAAAGGAAACUGAACGAUUCCUAAAUGAAAAAUAACUCCUUAUUAAUUAAAAUACAAUAUCUCAAUAAGCUCAUAAACAAAUUAUUGAGAAUCUUAAAUCUAAAAUUGAUAUACUUGUAAAUUUAAAUUAGUUAUAUAGUUAAUGAAAAAUGAAGAUCUUUAAUCAACAUUAAUUAGAUAAUCAGAAGUAGAGAAUAAAUUGAGAAUCAAAUAUAGAUUUUAAUUGGAAGAUGAGAUAAAAACAUUGACAAAUUAAUUAAAUAAUCUUAAAAUAGCAAAACAAGAAGAGGCUGAAAAAUAUGAUUAAGAAAGAAGAAUUUAUUUAAAAUAAUUAGAAUAAUUUAGUGGGAAAAUGAAAUAAGUAAAAUAGGAUAUUAUUGAUGAAUAUGAAUAUAAAAUGGCAACUUAAAAAGUUAAAUUUGAAAAUUAACUUAAAGUAACAAAAUAAGAAAUAUCUGAUUUAAAAUAUGUAAAUACAUAAUAUCUUGAUAAAUAAAAGUUAUGGUAACUACAAUAAGAAGUACUGAUUGAUCAAAAGUAUAAAUUAGAAUUAUAAAAUAAUGAUUUAAAAAGUGUUAUUUCUAUUUUAGAAGAAAAAUUAAUAAUUUAAGAAGAAUUAAGCAUUUAAGCUUAAAAUGAAAUUAAUCAAUAAAAGUAUAUAUUAAUAUUUAUUAGAUCUGCUAUAAGUGUUCUUAAGUAAUCUACUAAUCCAAAGAAGAAAAGUGUGACAGGUACUUAAAUUUAUUCAUAAUCUCCAUAAAAAUAAUAAUCUAAAUCAUAAACUCCUGUUUUAGAAUCAAGACCUUAAUCACAUUAACUUUGGUAAAAAGCAGCAAAUGCUGUUAAAAAGUAAUCUAAAGAUAAUUCAAAAAUGACUGAUUCUUAAAAAUUAACUAAUAAUAAUUAAUAAUAAGAAUAACAUUAAAGAAUAAUUUUAGAAAAAAAAACAAGUUUUUCAAAUGAUUAAACAAAUUUACAUAAUAAUUCAAAUACUGAAGAUAUUAAUUAAACUAUUUAAAUAAGAAAGUUAGGUUCAAUAUAAGAAAUAUAAUUUGAACAUUUUUCAUCUGCAACAUUAUCUUAACGUGGUGAUUAAAAUUAGAAAUUUGUUUAAAUAGCUACAUAAACAGAAGAAUAGAUUAAUAAUUAAGUUCCAUCUUCUAGAGGUAGGAUUUCAUCUAUACGAAAGACCAGAUAAUAAUUUGUCUAAUAAUAUUAAUUUAAUCAUGCUGAAACAUAAUAUGAAUGUGAAUUAAAUGAUAAUGAUUAUUUCAAUUUUAAAUUAGAAUUACUUGUUUCAUAAUUAUAAAAUAAAAUUUAAAGUACAUAAGCUAUGUGUGAUUUGAAAUUAGAAUAAAAAAAUUAAGAUAUUGAAGAAUUAUAAAAUUAAUUAAAAUCUUAAAAAGUUAAUUUUGAUUCUCAAUAUAAAUAAAUAGAAAUUGAAAUGAAUUUAUUACAUAAUGAAGAAUUGGAAUCAAAGAAUAUAACAAUUAAAAAUUUAAAAGAUAUUUUUGAUUAAAAUAAUGAUAAAAUUAAAGAAUUAGAAGAAACAAUUAAACUAUUUGAAAUUAAUUAAGAAAAUAUUCAUUAAAAAUAUGAAGAUAUUCUCAAUAAAAAGGAUUAAGAAAUUAAAGAUAUUGAAAAUAAAAUGUAAGAAAAUAAAUUGAUGGCUUAAUAAGAAUAAUCUAGAUUAUUAUAAAUUAAUUAAAGUUAAAGAGAAUAAUUUUAAUUAGAAUUAUAAAAUCUUUAAAAUUAACACACAUUAGAUGAAUAAAAAAUAUAAUAAGAAUAAGUGAAAUAUUUAGAAGAAAAGAUAACAAUAGAAAAAACAAAAUAGGAUAAUUAAUAAAUGCUUGAAUAAAUUUAAAAAAAAGAAUUUAUUUUAGAAAAUUAUAAAUCUGAACUUAUUAAAACAAAUGAAGUAGUCAAAUAUCUUCAAUUAGAACUUGAAAAUUAUAAAAAAUUGAAUAAUAUUUUUAAAUAAAAAGAUGAAAGUGGUUCUUAAUUUAUUACUCAUGGAUUUUUAUCUUAAGAAGCAUAAGAAAGAAUUAAAUAAAGAUUAUAAAAGUCAAAAAUAUCAAAAGAUAAUCCAAAGUUUGGAUUUUAAACAAAAGAUGUUUAUAGUAUGAAUUUUUAAAUUUAAAGAAAAGAAAGGAUGAAACAUGCUAAAUUAGGAACUUUGAAUACAAGUUUUGAUGAUAAAAGUAUCUAUUCGUAAUUUAUUAAAAUAUAUAUAUUUAGUACUUAAAAAAAUGUUUUCAGAUUUAAAUUGAUGGAUGAUGAUAGUUAAGGAAUGUUAUAAAUAAAUUCAAGAAGAAUGUAAUCAUAAGAUGAAAAAAGCAAUAGUGAGAUUAAGAAAAAACAAAAAUAAUAUAAAUAAAAUCAAAGAGCAAGUUUAUAAUUUAUUUAUUCUCAAUAGAAACUUAAAUAGGUGAUUAUUCAGAAUCAAAAUUACUUAUUUAAGAUAUUUUCGAAAAGGAGAUAACUGUACUUAAUAGAAGUAAUUAGCUUUUAAGCCAAUUAAAUGAUUAACAAACUAAGUUUAAGAGUGUUCAUAGCACGUACAACUCUACAAAAAAGAAAUUUAUCUAAAAUCGUUGAAGU